CUCAUACUAUACCGGCAAUAUGCGAUGCCUGGUGUAUUUGCUAGCCCUGGCUGGGCUUACUACAAAAUCGCUAGGGCAGCAGAAGCAGCAGCAGCAGCAGCAGCCGCUUUCUGCGACCGCCAAGCCCAACGUCGUCUUCAUAUUAACCGAUGAUCAAGACGCCCAUCUCGGCUCUUUGGAUUACAUGCCUUAUGUACAAAAGCACCUCCUAAACAAAGGAACACACUAUCGCAGCCACUACUGUACUACCAGCGUCUGUUGUCCUUCGCGGGUGACCUUAUGGACGGGGAAGUUGGCCCACAAUACAAACGUCACGGAUGUUAAUCCUCCGCAUGGCGGCUAUCCAAAAUUCAUCUCUCAAGGUCUAAAUGACAAUUAUCUCCCUGUUUGGCUGCAGGAAGCGGGGUACAACACUUACUACACUGGUAAACUGUUCAACGUCCACACGGUCGACAACUACAACGCCCCCUUCCCAGCUGGGUUCACCGGCAACGACUUCCUCCUCGAUCCAUUCACAUACGAUUACCUUAACAGUACCUUCCAACGAGACCACGAACUACCCCAAAGCUACGAAGGCGAAUACAGCACUGAUGUCCUCGCACAAAAGGCAUAUCGCCUCCUCAACGAAGCAGUCACGGCCCAAAAGCCCUUCUUUCUCACAGUUGCUCCAAUUGCACCGCAUUGCAACGUUUUCAUGAAUGGAACCGGUUUAGACGCCAACCCUAAAUUCAGCUUCAGCGCACCUAUCCCCGCGAAGCGACACGAGCACCUAUUCCCAGAUGUCAAAGUUCCCCGCACCCCCUCCUUCAAUCCGGAAAACCCUUCAGGCGCCAACUGGAUUAAAACCCUCAAGCGACAAAAUGAUACUAAUGUUGACUACAAUGAUCACUUUUACCGCCAGCGUCUACGCGCCCUCCAGGCCGUUGACGAGCUGGUUGAUGGCAUAUUUACACGUUUGAAGGAAUACAAUAUCCUUGACAAUACAUAUAUAGUCUAUAGUAGUGACAAUGGAUACCACAUUGGUCAACACCGGCUUCAGCCAGGCAAGUCGUGUGGAUACGAGGAAGACAUUAAUGUUCCCUUGAUUAUUCGUGGUCCCGAUAUCGCGCAGAAUGUAUCUACGGAUAUUGUCACCACGCAUACGGAUCUUGCUCCCACUUUUCUCGAGCUACUGGGUAUCCCCCUUCGAGAGGACUUCGAUGGCAACCCUAUUUCGUUGACGAGGAGCCAGAUCGAGAGAGCCCGAGAAGAGAGACAGGAACAUGUCACGGUUGAAUAUUGGGGAUAUGCGGCGGGCGAGGGUAUAUACGACUUUGACCUAUCGGCAUACAACAACACAUACAAAGCCCUCCGCAUCAAGGGGAAUGGAUAUAAUCUUUACUAUUCCGUUUGGUGUAACAAUGAGCAUGAACUCUAUGAUAUGACUAGUGACCCUCAUCAACUCCAUAAUCUCCUUUCCGCAAUUGAACAGCCCAGUGCGACCUCUCACACCAUCUUAAACGUUGGUCUUUCCAAAGUCGUUCAGCGACUCGACUCCCUUCUUCUCGUGCUCAAGUCCUGCAAGGGCCAAGUAUGCGUCAAGCCAUGGGACGCCUUGCAUCCGCAUGGGGAGGUUAUGACGUUGAAAGACGCGUUGGAUGUGCGCUACGAUCAUUUCUAUGAGGUGGAGCAGACGACGCGGGUCCAGUUUAACCUGUGUGCGCGUGGAUAUUUCCUAGAUGCGGAGGGCCCGCAAUUUGACUCGGGGACAGAUUAUGAGGUUCUUCGAGAUGGUUUGCCGUGUUCUAUAUGGCAUCUACGGUCUCGGGCAGCUCCACAGCAGACGCCAAACCGGGCCACGCUCAAUCACAUACUGUGGAUUGAUUGGCCGGAUGAACUUUCCAUGCACCUCCUGACUACACCACUCCUAUACCGCAUUCUAUCUUUCCAGGCCACCCCUCAGUACACAAAGACAGUGGGAAUCAUUCUCUCUGUACUGUUCACGAUCGUCAUGGUCGUCCACAUGGUCAUGGAUGAGUUCCUGCUUCACGCCGUGACAUUCGGGGCCGCAGUGUGUCUGAUCACGACUCGCACGCUCAAGAUCAUUCCUCGCGAGAUCCCCGACGUUGAGGCCCGUAAAAGGAUUCAGUCUGUGGCGCUGUUUGGAUGUGCAAGCUUCAUCUUCGGAUAUCUCGUCUGGCUGAUUGACGAGUUUGUGUGUCAAUCCUUAAUCGGAGCCAGACACGCGGUCGGGCUGCCUGUGGCUUUCUUGCUUGAGCUGCAUGGCUGGUGGCAUGUCUUCACUGCCAUUGGUGGGUAUAUCGCCGUGGCGGUCAUUGAUUUGAUCACUUCUGGGGAAGUGCGGCGGGACUCGGUUGCACAGCUCGCAUGGCCGCUGCCGACUGUUGCGAGGUUGCUUGGGCCUGCUGCGGAAGAGACGAAGCAGGAGUAG